CUUUUAACGUUAGACGACGGCGCAUGUUGACCACGACGCCACUUUUUUGAAAACUACGGCGGACGUUAACGGAAAACGUGAGAAAGGAAAGAAAUGGGAUUUUUUUACUUUAAUUAAAUCCGGCAAGCCCGUUAGCCCUGACGGCUAGGUGUGCCAGGCGGGGCCCAACGAAGCGCGAACAUGGUGGUCAACGUUACCGUGAGGGAGUCAACGUUGGUUAAGCCGGCGGAGGAGACGCCAAAGAAGGCGCUGUGGAACUCGAACGUGGACCUGGUGAUUCCGAGCAUCCACACGCCCAGCGUAUAUUUCUACAGGCCGAAUCCAAACGGUGCGUCCAACUUCUUCGACCCGGCUGUGCUCAAGCACGCUCUGUCCAAGGCUCUUGUGCCGUUCUACCCUAUGGCGGGGCGGCUUAAGCGCGACGACGACGGUCGUAUCGAGAUUGACUGCGGCGGCCAGGGUGUUCUGUUUGUUGAGGCGGAGACGGGCUCCGUCAUCGAUGAUUUCGGGGAUUUCGCUCCCACGCUGGAGCUCCGGAAGCUCAUCCCCUCCGUUGAUUACGCCGCCGGGAUUUCGACUUAUCCUCUCUUACUGUUACAGGUCACGUACUUCAAAUGUGGAGGAGUGUCACUUGGUGUUGGAAUGCAGCAUCAUGCAGCAGAUGGAUUUUCUGGUCUGCACUUUAUUAACACAUGGUCGGAUAUGGCUCGUGGUCUUGACCUUACACUUCCACCAUUCAUCGACAGGACAUUGCUUCGUGCCCGAGACCCACCUCAGCCUGCAUUCCACCACAUUGAAUACCAACCUGCUCCACAGAUGAAGACCCCUCUGCAAAGCGCAAAACCUGGUGCUGCGGAUAGCACCACAGUCUCCAUUUUUAGAUUAACACGGGAUCAGCUCAACAUCUUGAAAUCCAAGUCUAAGGAAGCUGGGAAUACAGUCAGCUAUAGCUCAUAUGAGAUGUUGUCAGGUCAUGUUUGGAGAUGUGCAUGCAAGGCGCGUGAACUUCCCGAUGAUCAAGACACCAAACUAUAUAUUGCCACUGACGGAAGGUCCAGAUUGCAACCACCACUCCCACCUGGUUACUUUGGCAAUGUGAUUUUCACAACAACACCAAUUGCUGUCGCGGGGGAUAUCCAAUCAAAACCAACUUGGUAUGCUGCCAGCCGUAUCCAUGAUGGUUUGGUGCGUAUGGAUGAUAGUUAUCUUAGAUCUGCCCUCGACUAUCUUGAGCUUCAGCCUGAUCUGUCUGCCCUUGUUCGUGGAGCUCAUAGUUUUAGGUGUCCAAACCUGGGGAUAACUAGUUGGGUUAGGCUGCCAAUCCAUGAUGCCGACUUUGGAUGGGGUCGGCCCAUUUUCAUGGGACCUGGUGGAAUUGCAUUCGAGGGGUUGUCGUUUAUAAUUCCAAGUGCAACCAAUGAUGGGAGUUUAUCGGUGGCCAUUUGUCUGCAAACCGAACACAUGAAAUCCUUUUCGAAGUUGUUAUAUGACAUGUAAGGAAACGAUAUGCGUGAGAAGUUUAUCCUGGUUUGAGUUACUGCCAGCUCGGUCAUCAUCUGGUUUGCAUAAAUUUUCGAAAGUGGUCGUGUUUCUUUCCUAGUGCUUUUUUGCUCAUACAUGGUUAAUGCCAUUGGGUAUACUUUUGUCGGUUGACUAUUUGCUCGACCUGAUAUAGAACAUAAGUUGUACGCAUCUAAGGACUUUGACAACAAUUGUAUUACGCAUUGAUACUAAAUUUACAUAAUGUUUAAUUUUGUUAUA